AUGGCCGACAAGGAACCCAUCGUGACCCACGUCUUCACUGCCGACCCCUCGGCGCACGUGUUCAACGGCAAGCUCUACGUCUACCCCUCGCACGACCGUGAGACAGACAUCAAGGACAACGACAAUGGCGACCAGUACGACAUGGCCGACUACCACGUCUUCAGCAUGGACACCGUCGGCGGCCCGGUAACAGAUCACGGCGUCGUCCUGAAGCAAGAAGACAUCCCGUGGGUCUCGAAACAACUCUGGGCCCCCGACGCAGCGACCAAGAACGGGAAAUACUACCUCUACUUCCCCGCACGGGACAAGGAGGGCAUUUUCCGCGUGGGUGUAGCAGUCGGCGAUAGACCCGAAGGCCCAUUCAAGCCAGAACCCGACUACAUCAAAGACAGCUUCAGCAUCGACCCAGCCACCUUUGUCGACGACGACGGCUCCGCGUACCUCUUCUUCGGCGGCAUCUGGGGCGGGCAACUGCAAUGCUGGACGACCGGCAAGUUCGUCCGCGAAGACUACGAAAAGAUGGAAGCCUCUUCCGGCGACGCGCUCAGCGCCAAAGUAGGCAAGCUCACAGACGACAUGACCCAAUUCGCCUCUCCACCGACCGACGUCCAGAUCCUCGACCCAGCGACACAGAAGCCGCUCCAAGCCGCCGACCACGACCGGCGGUUCUUCGAAGCCGCGUGGCUGCACAAGCACAACGGCAAGUACUACUUCAGCUACAGCACCGGCGACACGCAUUUCCUGUGCUACGCCAUCGGCGACAGCCCCGUGGGGCCGUUUACGUAUGCGGGCAGGAUCCUGGAGCCGGUCAUCGGGUGGACGACGCAUCAUAGUAUUGCCGAGUUCAAGGGGAAGUGGUAUCUCUUCUACCAUGAUUCCUCGCUCAGCAAGGGUGUGAAUCAUCUGCGGUGUGUUAAGAUUAGGGAGAUUGUGUAUGAUGAGCAGGGGCAUAUCAAGUUGGCUGAGGCGCAGCCGAAGGUGUGA